AUGCCUAAAGUCAAAUCAGAAAAAUCUUUAAAUAUUAAAACCGAACUUGCUACAUUUUCGAAUCUUCAAAAAAUUACCAGCAACAAUAUUAUCACCAUGACCCCUACUAUCUCUACCCCUGCCAAUUUUAACAAUAACUUUGAUGAUGUUUUUAAUCCGAUGAAUUCAGACUUCGCCAUUAACGAUUUCACCUCAACCAACUUCACAUUGAUUAAUAAUAUGUCCAACACUAAUAAUACAGUUAACUACAAUGACGUUGGUAGUAAAAAUGAAAUUAUUUCAUCAAUUUUUUCUCCAACUCAAAAUAAUUUCGAUGAUGAUAUGGAUCUUAGUGAUGAAGAAGUUAAGCUUCUUCAAAAUCCACCAUAUGAAUUAACAUUGUCAUUCGAAGAAUUGAUCUCGCCAGCUGACAAUACCAACAAACCAUCUCGCAAACCGAAAAAAAAUCGGCCAUCCAAUAGCGCGGAAGUUGCAUCAACAACCACCAUCGUUGUUGAUAUUAAAAUUCCGAGACCACAAAAUGCAUGGGUUCUAUUUCGUAAAGAUUAUGAAGCAAAACAGCGAUUACGAUUUCCGGAAAAGGCUUUGAAAAUGAAAAACAUUUCAACAGAUGCCGGGGAACAUUGGAGAAAUGAGUCGAUGAAAGUUAAACGAUUCUUUGAUAUUCUGUCAAAAUUGGCACACGAAAAACACAAAUCCAUUUAUCCUGCGUACAAGUACACGCCAAAAAAAAAAACAGUAAAGGAUAAUAAUUCGGCAUUAAAAGAUUGGAUUUUUAAAGAUGAAUUUAUUCAACCAAAAUUAGAAUUAGAAUUCGAUAUCGAUGUCAUUAGCAACAUUAAUGAUAUUAACAACAUGGACAACAUCAACAUUAAUGACAUUAACAACAUGGAUAGCAUUAACAUUAAUGACAUUAACAACAUGAAUGACAUGAAUGAGUUUACUAAUUAUAACGAAAAUAAUUUCGAGAAUGAUUUUUAUCAAUUUAUUAAUGCUGAAAACGAUUUAAACGGGGAGGAAAAUCCAGAAACAACCGAUACAAGAACUGAAACUGGUGGUGGUACUGGUACUACUACCGAUGCUAGUGUUGGGGCUGAGCCUGAGGCUAAUGGUGCGCAAUCAUCGGCAACAUCAUCUAAUAUCACAAAUGUUAAUACAAUUUAUAAUCAACGAGAAACUUACCCUGAAAAAAUUUUUAAAAUGGAAGAUAUUUCAAAAGAUGCAAAAGAUGCAUGGAAUGCAUUAAAAAAAUCUGAUCCUACAAGAAAAGUAGAAUUCUUUGAAAUUUUAUCUAAACUUGACAAAAAGAACCGAGAGAUGAUUAGUCUCAAAGAACUCGAAGAUGACGAUGAAAAAAAGUUGGAGUGGAGAGAAGUCCAUUUUGACAACAAAAAUGAUUCUAAUUUCAUUUAUAUCAACAGAGACGGCAAUGACAGCAACAACAACAGCAGCAGCAAUAAUAAUAUUAUUACAACAUUCGAUACGACAAUGUAUAAUGCAUCAAAUUAUCAGGACGCUCAAAAUACUUAUCCUUAUUCAAGCCAAGAAGUUGAAUUGGUGGAACCUGGACAAUUAUCACUCAGUCAAUUAUUACACUUGUUUUGUAAUCAAGAGAUAUUCAAUAUGGAAGAUGAUGAAAUGUUUAAUACUGUAUGGGACAAUAUUCAACACAAGUUCAUCUCAAGUGAGCGAUUGUGA